AUGGGUGAACUUGGUGCAAAGCUCGGUUUAGAUGAGUUGUCGGGAGGUGCGGCUGCAAUCAGCAAAGCAUUGCUCGCAGAAUUUAUUGGUAACCUGCUGUUGAACUUAUUUGGCUGUGGAGCGGUGGUCAACAUCGCGCACGGUUCAGAAGCUGUCGCUGACAUUGUUCUUAUUGCACUUGCCUUCGGCCUCGCUGUCUUCGCUAUAGUUUCUGCUAUCGGUCACGUAUCGGGUGGCCAUGUUAACCCGGCCGUGACCGCUGGUAUGGCGGCAACUGGGAAGGUGAAGCCUAUCCGCGGUAUCCUCUACGUGAUAGCGCAGUGCGCGGGCGCAGCCGCCGGCUCAGGGCUCCUUAAAGCGUUCACUCCAGAACAAGUGGCCGGUACUCUCGGCACUACGGGACUUGGGAAGAACGUGACGCAAUUGCAAGGCUUUGGAAUCGAGUUCUUUUUGGGAUUCGUCCUCGUUUUUGUUGUUUGUGGGGUUUGCGACGCGAACAAACCCGACAGCAAAGCCACAGCGCCCCUCGCCAUCGGGCUGACGGUCACGCUGGGGCACCUCCUGGCUGUGGACUACACCGGCUCCGCCAUGAACCCGGCCCGGUCCUUCGGCUCGGCUCUCGUCGCGAACCACUGGGAUGAUCACUGGGUGUACUGGGCGGGCCCCAUAGCCGGCGGAGUAGCAGCAGCUCUGCUCUACGUGCACGGCUUCUCCGCACCGCCUCCUGACUCGCUGUCACCGAGAUACCGCCCUGUGGCCGCCGAUGAAAAAGAGCUGAAGCGCCUGGACGGUAAGUCCGAGGACAUGGCG